AUGUCAGCACAUUCAGAUUUUUACUUUAAAUUUCUCGAUGGAAUCCGUGGGGCAGCUGCCCUAUCGGUUGUAUAUUCACAUUCUCAAACUUUAUAUAAACAAGUAUUACCUUUUACGACAUUUACAAUGCUAGGAUUUGAUCCCGUACAUUGUUUUUUUGUACUUUCUGCCUUUUUACUUACCUUUCGUGCAUUAAUGGAUUGGGAACAAUAUUAUGAAAAUUGGAUCGAACAAAGUUUUGUGGAAAAAGGAAUGUUAUAUGACAAAAUAUUGGAUGACGAAGGAAAGGCUUAUUAUAACGCUAUAAAAACAACAAAUUUAUUACAACAUUUGACUCUUCAAUCAGGCGAAUAUAUUUUUUGGAGUAUUCCUCCGGAAAUGAUGUACUAUUUAUUCAUACCAAUCAUUGUUAUUGGUUAUGUUGGAAUAACUCGUAUGGGAGUUUCAUUAUCGAAUAAAUUAUUUUGUAGACCAGAUAUUGGAGCAUGGGCGGGUCGAAUACUUGGCAACAUAAUAAUUUUUGUUUUAAGAACAUUAAUAGCAAUAUAUCAUGAUCCAAAUGAAUCUUUACAUCUCUCAGGUUCGGCACAUUACUUUUUAAGUGGAUCUAUAUGUGCGAUCUGGUAUAGGGAAAUUAUUAGACUUG